UCUCUCUCUCUCUGAGACUACGGGGGCGUUCAACGAAUUGCUCCAUCACUGGCUGGAUCCAGGAGCCCGGCCUCCUCUCUCAUUGGACUGCGCAGCGAAGCCAAGCUGUCAGCCCAUGUGGCGUGGCCAGGCAGAAUGUGAGACAUUUAAAUCCAUCAGAGAAAACGAUUCAAAGAAGCUGAGGCUUAGGUUAACCGCGUAGACAGCGAAACGACGGCCAUUCCUCCCUACAGUUACAGUAAGAGGAACACCAUCCGGGCAACACAGUAAUUCAGCAUGGAUGACAUAGUCAUAGCAGGGAUAUCGGGCCGUUUGCCCGAGUCCAACAACCUGGAGGAAUUCUGGGAAAACCUCUUCAAUGGUUUGGACAUGGUGACGGAGGACGACCGGCGGUGGACACCAGGUCUGUACGGUCUUCCAAAGAGGAAUGGUAAAUUGAAGGACAUCAGCCACUUUGACGCAGCCUUCUUCGGAGUCCACCCCAAACAGGCCAACACCAUGGACCCCCAGCUCCGUCUCAUGCUGGAGAUUGCCUACGAGUCUAUCAUAGAUGCAGGACUGAACCCAGCCACACUGCGCGGCAGCAAGACGGGCGUCUACAUCGGAGUCAGUGGCUCGGAGGCCGGCGAAGCAUUUAGCAAAGAUCCAGAGGAGCUCCUGGGCUACAGCAUGACUGGCUGCCAGCGUGCCAUGUUGGCCAACAGACUCUCCUACUUCUUUGACUUCAACGGCCCCAGCACUGCCAUCGACACAGCCUGCUCUUCUAGCUUGCUGGCUUUAGAAAAUGCCUUCCAGAGCAUUCGCCAGGGCCACUGUGAUGCUGCUUUGGUGGGAGGCGUAAACUUGCUGCUCAAGCCAAAUACCUCGGUGCAGUUUAUGAAACUGGGCAUGCUCAGUCCUGAGGGGACCUGCAAGUCCUUUGACUCAUCAGGAAACGGAUACUGCCGUUCCGAGGCAGCAGUGGCAGUGCUGCUGACCAAGCGGUCUGUGGCUAAAAGGGUCUAUGCCACAGUGGUCAAUGCUGGCAACAACACAGACGGAUACAAAGAGCAGGGUGUAACGUUUCCUUCAGGUGAGAUGCAGCAAAGGCUGGUUAGUUCUCUUUACAAGGAGGCAAAUAUAACUCCAGAGGAGGUGGAAUACAUUGAAGCCCACGGCACAGGAACAAAGGUUGGCGACCCACAGGAAGUAAACGGCAUCGUCGGUGUGUUCUGUCAAUCAAAGCGAGAGCCUCUGCUCAUUGGCUCCACCAAGUCCAACAUGGGCCAUCCCGAACCUGCUUCUGGUCUGGCUGCCCUGGCUAAGGUGGUGCUUUCUUUGGAGCAUGGAGUUUGGGCACCCAAUCUGCACUUCAACUCUCCUAACCCUGACAUUCCAGCCCUUACCGAUGGUCGGGUCCAAGUUGUUGACCGGCCCAUUCCCAUCCGAGGCGGCAUUGUAGGCAUCAACUCCUUUGGAUUUGGAGGUUCAAAUGUUCACGUGAUCCUUCGUCCAGCUGAGAAACCGGCAUACGCGAACGCGCCGCCCAGGACAGUUCCAAGGGUGCUUCAGGCCUGUGGUCGUACGGAGGCCGCUGUGAAGGCCAUGCUCCAAAAGGGGAAGGAACACCCUGCAGAUGACAGCUUCCUGUCUUUGCUGAAUGAGGUGUCAGGGGUUUCUACUGCCGGCAUGCCCUACCGAGGCUUUGCUUUAAUUGGCUCUCAGAGUGAUGUCAUGGAGGUGCAGCAGGUACAGGCCACUGCCAGGCCACUCUGGUACAUCUGUUCAGGUAUGGGAACCCAGUGGGCGGGUAUGGGCCGCAGUCUCAUGCAGCUGCCAGACUUCAGAGAGUCCAUCUUGCGAUCAGAUACAGCCCUGAAGGACACCGGCCUGGUUGUGUCUCGGCUACUCAUGGAGGCAGAUGAUGCCACUUUUGAAGACACUGUUCAUGCUUUCGUUGGCCUCGCAGCUAUACAGAUAGCUGAGAUCGACCUUCUCACUAAGCUGGGUCUGCGUCCUGAUGGCAUUGUAGGACACUCGGUGGGAGAGCUGGCCUGCGGCUACGCUGACGGUUCCCUCAGCCAUAGUGAGGCCAUCUUGGCUGCUUACUGGAGAGGCCGCUGUAUCAAGGAGGCCAACCUUCCUCCAGGAGGCAUGGCUGCAGUCGGGUUAACCUGGGAGGAGUGUAUGGCUCAAUGUCCUAAGGGAGUGGUCCCAGCCUGCCAUAACGCCGAGGACACCGUCACCAUCUCUGGUCCUCAGGAUGCAAUCAGUACAUUUGUGUCUGAGCUAAAAGAGCAGGGAGUGUUUGCAAAGGAGGUGCGCAGCGCUGGUGUCGCUUUCCACUCCUACUACAUGGCUUCCAUUGCUCCAACACUGCUGGCUGCCCUAAAGAAGGUGAUCAAGGAGCCCCGGCAGCGGUCCCCCCGCUGGGUAAGCACCAGCAUCCCUGAAUCUGAGUGGGACUCUCCUCUGGCUCUGUACAGCUCGGCUGACUACCACGUCAACAACCUGGUGAGCCCUGUGCUGUUCCACGAGGGCCUCAGUCUGGUGCCUGACAACGCUGUCGUGGUGGAGAUAGCGCCUCAUGCUCUGCUGCAGGCCAUCCUGAAGCGCAGUUUGAAGUCCACAUGUUCCAUCCUCCCCUUGAUGAAGAGAGGCCACACCAACAAUCUUGAGUUCUUCCUCACAAACAUUGGCAAAAUCUACAUGAGCGGCAUCAACGUGGAUGCUAACAGCCUCUGCCCAGUGGUGGAGUACCCUGUGCCUGUUGGUACCCCUCUCAUCUCCCCUUUGGUACAGUGGGACCAUGCCCAGACCUGGGAUGUCCCCAAGGUAGAGGAUUUUUCCUAUGGCUCAGGAGGAUCUAAUUCUACAUUUGUCUAUAAUAUCGACAUAAAUCCAGAGUCUACAGACUACUACCUAAUUGGACACUGCAUUGAUGGGCGUGUCCUAUACCCGGCAACGGGUUACUUGGUGCUGGCCUGGCGUACCUUGGUGAGAAGUCUGGGGGUUGUAAUGGAAAGCACACCUGUAAUCUUUGAAGACGUCACAAUCCACCGGGCCACCAUCCUGCCAAAAACUGGCUCUGUCCAGUUAAAGGUGCAUCUCAUGCCUGCCACCAACAAGUUUGAGGUUUCAGAGAACGGAAACCUGGCAGUCAGUGGUAAGGUGAGCAUUCUGGAGGAUGCAGCCCUUGAUUCAUUCCGUAGUCAGAUAAAUCAGAAAGCUGCCAACAACGAUGGUGACCCCAAAAUGAAGCUCACAGCACAUGAUAUCUACAAAGAGCUCCGACUGCGCGGCUAUGACUAUGGAAAGACCUUCCAAGGCAUCUUGGAGUCCAAUAAUGCAGGUAAUAGUGGGAAACUGGAGUGGACAGGAAACUGGGUGACCUUUCUGGACACCAUGCUGCAGAUGAUCGUGGCCGGGCUUUCGGGUCGUAGUCUGCGUUUGCCCACUAGGAUCCGCUCAGUGUGUGUUGAUCCAACUAUCCAUCUGGAGAAGGUGUGCAACUACACUGAUGGGAAGCAAGCCAUGGAUGUCCACGUAAAUCCCUGCCUAGACCACAUUGUUGCUGGCGGAGUCCAGAUCUCCGGUCUGCACGCCACUGUGGCCCCCCGUCGACAGCAGCAGCAGAGUCCCCCCACCCUAGAGGAGUUUGUGUUUGUUCCCUAUGUGGACACAGAGUGCCUGGCAUCCAAUGUGAAACUUGCUCAACAGCUGAGGCUCUGUAAAGGUUUAAUCUGUAGACUGCAACAAAAGCUGGCCCCCCAUGGUGUCAAGCUCUCCAUCCCCGGCUUACAUGGGGAGUCAGACGGCCCUCUUCCCAGCCCAGAGCCCUCUGAGCCCUCCCUGGUGCGGCUGCUGGCCCUGCUCUGCAGCCUGGAGCUUAACGGGAACCUUCGAUCUGAACUAGAACAGACUGUGGAGAAGGAGAGGGCAUGUCUGCUGCAGGACGGGCUGCUGCGGGGCCUGCUAGACAACCACGCUCUCAGACACUGCCUGGACACCACCCUAGAAAACAUCAUGCCCGGCAAGAUUAAAGUCCUGGAGGCUCUCUCCAACGAUGGUCAGCUCUUUUCUCGUGUGGUAGCGCUCCUUAACAUCCAGCCCUUGCUGCGUGUGGAUUACACUGCCACAGCGACCAACCUAGACCUUCUGACCCCCCACCAGGCCACCCUGGAGGAACUGGCAGUUGCCUCAGCUCAGUGGGACCCCUCGAUGAGCCCGGCUCCUGGAAGUAUACUAGGAGGGGCAGACCUUGUGGUGUGUAACCAUGCCUGGGGCCCUCUAAUGACGGAUCCUGGACUUCUUUUGGUAAAUUUGGCUUCUGGAGCCAAACAAGGGGGGUUUGUUCUCCUCCACACCCUGCUGAAGGGAGAGACUCUGGGGGAAACUGUUGCCUUCCUCUCCAGCACUGCUCAGAGCACCUGCCAGCAAGGACUGCUCACACAGGCUGAGUGGGAGAGGGUGAUCUCUGAGGCAUCCCUCAGUCUGGUGACUGUAAGGAAGUCUUUUUACGGCUCAGCCCUUUUUCUGUGCCGCUGUCGGUCUCCAGGCAAACAGCCCAUUUUCCUACCUGUGGACAGCACCAACUACGAGUGGGUGGAAACACUUAAGGCAACGAUGUUAGAGUCAUCGGACUCUCCAGUGUGGUUGACUGCGUCUCAUGCCCACUGUGGCAUUGUGGGAAUGGUCAACUGUCUACGGCAGGAGCCAGGAGGCAACCGAAUACGCUGUGCGUUUGUGUCCAAUCUAAACGAGUCUUCAGCAACACCGAGCCUCCAGUCGGUGCUGGAAGGGGAUCUGGUUAUGAACGUGUUCAGAGACGGACACUGGGGUGUCUUCAGGCACCAGCUCAUCACUCAGGAUCUAAAUGAAGAAUUGACAGAGCAGGCCUACGUUAAUGUGCUGACUCGAGGUGACCUCUCUUCUCUGCGCUGGAUCGCCUCCCCACUCCGCCACUUUGUGACCAGCAACCCAAACGUGCAACUGUGUCGCGUCUACUACAGUUCACUCAACUUCAGAGAUAUAAUGCUGGCCACUGGAAAAUUGCCACCAGAUGCUAUUCCAGGUGACCUAGCUCUUCAGCAGUGCAUGUUGGGUAUGGAAUUUUCUGGUCGUGACAGCGCUGGUCAGCGUGUGAUGGGGCUGCUGCCUGCCAGAGGCCUGGCAACAAGUGUCGAUGCUGACAAGCGGUUCCUCUGGGAUGUUCCCUCAAGCUGGACACUGGAGCAGGCAGCAUCAGUGCCAGUGGUCUACGCCACAGCCUACUACUCACUGGUGGUGCGCGGCAGGCUCCGUCCCGGAGAGACUGUUCUCAUCCACUCAGGGUCAGGGGGUGUCGGCCAGGCUGCCAUUGCCAUAGCACUCAGCAAGAAAUGUAAAGUCUUCACUACAGUCGGCUCAAAGGAGAAGCGGGCCUACCUGCAGGAGAGGUUCCCUCAACUCUCAGCAGAGUCCUUUGCUAACUCCAGAGACACCUCUUUUGAACCGCACAUCCUGCUCCACACACAGGGCAAAGGUGUGGAUGUGGUGUUGAAUUCUCUGGCUGAGGAAAAACUGCAGGCUAGCAUUCGCUGCCUAGCCAGACAUGGACGAUUCCUGGAGAUUGGCAAAUAUGACCUGUCCAACAACUCUCCACUGGGCAUGGCUCUGUUCCUGAAGAAUGUGGCAUUCCAUGGCAUUCUGCUGGAUGCUCUCUUCGAAGAGGGUAACCAGGAGUGGGAGGAAGUGUCCAAGCUGCUGAAGGAAGGCAUUAUGGGAGGUGUAGUUCAGCCUCUAAAGACCACAGUGUUUGAGAGGGACCAAGUGGAAGAAGCAUUCAGAUACAUGGCUCAGGGCAAGCAUAUUGGCAAGGUCCUCCUGCAGGUUCGUUGUGAAGAGAAGGGUUCGGCAGUUCAAACUGCCUCCCCUUUGUCUUUUCCAGCUAUCUGUCGCACCUUCUGUCUCCCCUCCCACUCAUACAUCAUCACUGGUGGACUGGGGGGCUUCGGUCUAGAGCUUGCUCAGUGGCUGACAGAGAGAGGUGCCAGCAAACUGGUGCUGACCUCCAGAUCAGGCAUUAGAAACGGUUACCAGGCAAAGCGAGUGCGUGAAUGGCAGAGUCGAGAUGUGGAGGUGCUGGUGUCGACCAAUGAUGUCAGCACACUCAAGGGAACAGAGCAACUCCUCGCUGAAGCCUGCGCACUGGGCCCAGUGGGUGGUGUCUUCCACCUGGCCAUGGUGUUGAAAGAUGGCAUGUUGGAAAAUCUGACUCCUCAGCUCUUCCUUGAUGUUAACAAACCUAAAUAUGAUGGAACCAUCAACCUGGACAAAGUGACAAGAAAGUUGUGUCCAGACCUCAGGCAUUUCGUGGCCUUCUCCUCGGUCAGCUGCGGCCGGGGCAACGCUGGCCAAAGCAACUAUGGUUACGCCAACUCAGCCAUGGAGCGUGUGUGUGAAAAGCGCCGCCACGAUGGCCUACCUGGACUGGCGGUCCAGUGGGGUGCCAUCGGCGAUGUGGGCGUGGUGCUGGAGACCAUGGGUGGCAAUGACGCAGUGAUCGGUGGCACCCUACCACAGCGCAUCACAUCCUGCCUGGAGGUGCUCGACCUCUUCCUGUGCCAGCAGCAGCCAGUGAUGUCUAGCUUUGUACUGGCAGAGAGGACGGCAGUAAAGAGCGAGGCAGGAAGCCAGAGAGACUUGGUGGACGCUGUAGCUCACAUUCUUGGUGUGCGGGAUUUGAACAGCGUGAACACCGAUGCCUCCUUGGCUGACCUGGGCCUGGACUCCUUGAUGGGUGUCGAGGUUCGCCAAACUCUGGAGCGCGACUACGACAUCGUCAUGACCAUGAGGGAGAUUCGCCAGAUCACCAUUAACAAGCUGCGAGAGCUGGCCAAUAGCAAGCCAGGCGGAUCAAAUGAAUCUCACCAGGCUACAGCUAAGAGAGAUGGCGUUCGCUCUCUGUUGGAGUCUGAUCUGACCCAGAUAUUAGUCAACCCCAACGGCCCCACUGUGACGCCACUCAACAAGGUUCAGAACCAGGAGAGGCCAUUGUUUCUGGUUCAUCCCAUUGAGGGCUCCAUUACAGCCUUUAAGACGCUCGCUUUCAAGCUUAGCAUGCCUUGCUAUGGCCUGCAGUGCACCAAAGCUGCUCCUCUGGACAGCAUCCAGUCCCUGGCAGCCUACUAUGUGAACUGCAUCAGACAGGUUCAGCCAGACGGGCCUUAUCGAAUCGCCGGCUACUCCUUUGGUGCCUGUGUGGCAUUUGAAAUGUGCUCUCAGCUUCAAACCCAGAAUUGCCCUGUGGAAUACCUCUUUCUGUUUGAUGGAUCACACUCUUAUGUGGCAGCAUACACGCAGAGCUACAGAGCCAAGUUGACACCAGGCAAAGAGUCUGAGGCUGAAACUGAAGCCCUGUGUGCCUUCAUCCAGCAGUUCACUGGCAUUGCGUACAACAAGCUUCUGGAGACUCUUCUCCCGCUGUCAGACCUGGGAGCCCGUGUCAACACCGCGGUGGACCUAAUCACCUCCAGCCACAAGAACAUCAGCCGAGACUUGCUGCACUUCGCCGCCACCACCUUCUACUACAAGCUGAAGGCUGCCGAUGGCUACGUGCCUGGGACCAAAUACCACGGCAACGUGACGCUACUGCGCGCCAAAACCAGCAGUGAAUACGAACAAAACCUGGGAGCCGACUACAAGCUCAGCGAGGUUUGUGAUGGCAAGGUGUCGGUCCACAUCAUUGAGGGAGACCACCGCACCUUCCUGGAAGGAGAGGGAGUAGAGAGCAUCAGCAGCAUCAUCCACAGCUCACUGGCUGAGCCCCGAGUCACAGCGAGGGAGGGCUAGACGUUCCACCUUCCCACGAAAUCCACAACAUUCCCCAAAUGGGUCUCUUUCUCCAAUUAGUUCAUGAUGUGUGAGUUUUAACUUUGUCAUUUCCAGUGAGACUAAUAGCCAGCGUGUUUACGUUCCGUGCCAUUUUGCUCCUAAAAUCCUCAAUGCACCUUACUACUCCUUUUCAAAUCGUAUCGGUCAAUUCAAGCAAUGGACGCGCUUUCUAACCCAUCAGAGCUCUUAGCUGGGAUCUUCUUAUUUGGCGAGAAAAUGUGCAUAUACAGUAAGAUUUUGUUCAGCCAUUUUAAGCAGUUUUGCUAAUGAAGAGUCAGCUAUAUAGUGGCCCAUGACUAAUCAUUAAUUCUUAGUAUUUACAUGGGCUAUUUUCAUAGCACAAUCGAAGAAGUAAGAUCUCUGUAUUACACAACACAAACUAUUUCAUCACUUAAAACUGCCGCGUGUGCAUGCUCCCGUUCCAUUUGUCGCCUGUCAACAACACUCCUAAAUUCUUCCUGGUUUUAUUUAGGACAUUAGCCAAUUGUAUCGACAUACCAUGUAGUCUGGUGAGUUGUGAGCGCAGCUACUACUAAACCGUUGGCUCAGGUAUGACCAGUAUCGCAGGGAAGGAAAGCCUUUGAUUUGGGUGAAUGGGUUCCACAUCCCGAGAAGGAGUAACAUUAGCAUCGUAGCUGCAGCUGUGCUCUCUGCUGGAGCCUUCAGGUUGACGUUAGCGUGAGACCUUACCCGUCAGGUAACGUGGACUCUGUUUGGCUCUGGAGACUCUAUGCGCAAGAAAGUCCAGUUUAAACAAUUAGCUUACCAGGUGAUAAAAUACUGCACAGCAGAUUCUAAAACUGUCGCUAUUUCACAACUCUGUUUGGAUUUCGGAGUUGUGAAAUCCUUUCUCAACCUGUCGAGACAAUUACCAGGUAAACGGAACAAAUACCCAACCGUACAAAGGAAUCUAUGUGUACUUGCAUUUCAUUGGUCGGUUCGUUGCUGGAUGACAUUCAAACGUUUCAUUUUUAAGGUUAGGGUUAGUAUUUGUGACGUCAGCUGCCUUGUAGCUUCUGUCACGUUUAUGCUACUCAGCCUUUUGGCAAACUGGGCUAGUGUUCAUAAUUGUACAUUAAUGCAUGUUUACAUGUGGGAAUAAGGACUUGUGUCAUUUUACUUUAAAUGACAUGUACACGUCCUUUACCCAGUAAAAUCCCAGAAUGAAGCGCUGCCCGUGUAUAGCUUUUCUCUCACUGUAUCCCAAACCUGUUCAACUGCCGCGGGAAAAUUACUUCUGACAUGUUGCAAAACUUGACCAGAUAUUAUUAGUAUUAGAUGUGGUUUUUUUUUUCUUCUAUUUUAUUUGUUUAUUUUGUUAAAAAAUAAUUUUGUUUACCUUUUGUCAGAGGACAUUGUGUUGUUUUUUGUUGUUUUGCCUUGAAGCAAAGCAGAAACUCUGUUAUUCUAGUCAACUGCGUCACCCAAAAACCAAAACUCACACAAAUUAUGGAAAGCCACUAAACAAAUGAACGGAUGAAUUUAGUGCGGACAAGCUCAUAUUUUAUAAUUAGGAGUAAUUUAACUGAAUGGGCCCAUUGAAUGACUUCUAUUGACCAUCUUAAUCCAUAAAAGUAUUAUCCAUACCUAUAAAAUACCCUGAUGCCCUGAUACUAAUUAAAUAUAAUUUUGAUUGUUUGUAACCAACAGUUAGCUUUUUUUCCUACACUAAUUCAAAUACAAUUUGUAGAAAGAAAGAUGUUGCAUUUACCAGACAGAUUCAUCAGAAACUGUUCUUGAAAAUAAGAUCAAUUUGAUUACGUGAAACAGUCGAUCCAGGUCCAUUUUGCCCAGCUGACACACUUUUUGAUGCCAAAACGUUGUUGAGUUUAUUGGUUCCUCUGCAACAAAUGGUCCACUUCUGACUUUCUGACAGCAAAGACAGUUACAGUAUUUUGAUAGUGAGGCACUGAAAAGGUUCGAUAUGUAAAUAUGUCACUAAAUGUUGCAUCCUUUCCCAAAUUUUGGUUGUGAAUAACUACUAGGGCGCCUGUUGUAUAUGGACAAAACUGACCUGCACAGCAGUCGGGGGGGAUUCCCUUUUCCCGGGUUUAGGCUCUAUCCUCCCACAGCUGUCUCUGACUCCCAUGACCCCCCCCCCCCCCCCCCCCGGGCAAUCAGUCCUGUCUCACUAUCGCAGCAACAUAUAACAGCCAACCUGAUCCCUGAGACCUCUGAUCUGGUCUAUGAAGGGUCUGGUGACUCGAGGCAGAUGUGAUUGAUUGCAGUGAAAUGGAGAAGGAAGUGACAGUACAUGCACAUCUCUUAUAUUGUAAUAAUAGAAAUACGUGUUAUUUCUAUGAUUGUAAUAUUUCCAGUAUGUAUUGUUAUGACUAAUAAAGGCCUUUCACUU